AUGAGGAUAUACUGCCAUCUCUGCAGCUUCACUGUCAUCACCGUUAGCGCCACCGCCUCUGCCACCAUCUCCUCCCAUGUCAAGGCCACGACCACCAUGAUAUCCUUUUCUUCUAAUUGUGCUUGGAAAGAUAUUGUCGCCGGCAAUUCCACUCUAACCAAUGCCGGCACCACCUACUUCAGUAACACUGUUGUAAGCAUGUGCUCGACCUUCACAACCAUCGUCAACUCCAUUUGCAACACCUAUGGUCAGAUCACCAGUCUCAUUUACUUCUCCCACUCACAUAUCCCAAUUCUCACAGACAAGUCCUUCUAA